AAAGAAAGCAACGUGAUGUAUCUCUUCCUCUAACCACACCAAGAGAGAAAGUUGUUUAGAUUCUACGAAAGUAGUAUGCUCCUGUAAGAGUCAAGUGUGUGUAAUGCGUGAGGGGGUGGGGAAGGAACGGUGAGGAUAAACACUGCCGUAGUCAGUUCUCUACACUAGUCAGCCCUGUGACACGUAGUAUUAUUAUGUGUAGGAUUUGCUGUUUGUUUUUUGGUGCAUCUAUAUUUAUAGUAAGGAUAUAAAAAGUGCUGGCUUAUAAAAUGUUCAUAUGAUACUGUUCUAUGGCAUCUUUGUAUAUUACCGGAUGGUGGUAUCUUGUUCGAUUAUGUGACAUUUUUGAAGACUGUUGAGCACCGGUUUAACCUUGACCCAGCGGUGGGCGAUGCUUGGGGCGCAUGGACACCUGUUAAAAGAAGAAGGGUAUGAAACUUCUGCUGUUGUAUUGGCCGAUGGAAUUCACAAACAUCGUAUUAUUGACGGGAGACACGUUAAUAGGCGUAAGAUCGAAGUGCCCGUUGAUUUUUCUAGCGAUGAAGUUCGGUUUGAUGAGACAGAUGCUGAACUGGAGAUUCAGUCAUGCUCAAAUGUGGUAAGCCUGAAGACGUUUGCUGCUACAGUGCCCAACCAGCUGCUGCUGUCUUCUUUGCUGGAACAUCUCUGCUCUCUUUAUGAGAAAAAUCCUCUACAAUCAAAAUGUCUCUUCAAAUUACUGUGCCAAAAGCUUGCAGAUAUGAAACUGAUCACACCCCUUGCUACUCGAGAUGAAUUCAGCACAGUGAGACUACAACACACUGCAGCUUUUGCUGAGCUUCUGCAGGCAGCUCGAAAGACUUUACAUGCUAAGGAACUUCCUUUUGAUCCUGGAGAGUGUCACCACUAUACAGAGAGAACCAGUGAUUGCCUCCUUCCGUCUCAAAUCUCGCGAUAUUUAAGUGAAUUUGAAGAGAUUAAGAGGCUUGGAAAAGGAGGGUAUGGGAAAGUGUAUAAGGUUAGGAACCAGCUGGAUGGUCAGUUCUAUGCAGUUAAGAGGAUUUUAAUCAAGAAAGCAUCUGCAGAUUGUAUGAAGAUUCUUCGAGAAGCAAAAGUGUUAGCUGGUCUUCAGCAUCCUAAUAUAGUUGGCUAUCAUACAGCCUGGCUGGAACAUGUCCAGAACAUCUCACAAGCAAGUAACCGUUCCAAAGCAUCAAAUUUGCCAGCACUGGAAAUGCCUUUUGGCAUCAGAGAUGAAAGAGGCAUUUUUUCCCAGCAAAAUGUGGAAAGCAGCUCGUCUUUCAUUGUCUUUGCAGAUUCUGCUUCUGCUGUUGGAAAUGAUGCUUCAUUGUCCUCAAAGUGCACUGUUCCACCAGCAUCAGGCACAACGAAUGAGUGCAUUCAGAGAGAGACAGAGUCUGGAAUUGUAGGUCAUCAGUCUGAAGAACUGAAAACCAUUGAGACAUAUUCACAAGUUACAUCUGUUGAUAGAAGCAAAGCAGUAUGUACAAGAGAGUUUUCAUGUGAUUCCUUAAAGAGCAAUGAAGCAAAGCUUGAAGAAAGUAAAUGUAGUUUAGAAGGCAGUUUUUCUGUAGAUGCUGAUUACCACCAUCUACAGACUGAGAGAAGCUCACAAGUACAGCCUGAAGUGCAGUUCCGUUUAAUGCUUUAUAUACAGAUGCAGUUUUGUGAACUGUCAUUGAGGGAAUGGCUCUUGGACAGGAAUGCCCAUCUUGGAGAUGGAGGAGAGCCAUAUUGCCUUGUAAAUGUAGAAUCCACACUACAAAUGUUUCAGCAGCUACUAGAGGGAGUACAGUAUAUUCACUCACUGGGAGUUAUGCAUAGAGACUUGAAGCCUAGAAAUAUAUUUCUGUCGGGACCAGACCUUCGUAUAAAAAUAGGAGACUUUGGACUUGCCUGCAGAGAUGUAGUAGAUGAUGAGAUGUCACAGUUGACAGCAAGUAGAACCAUUGGUUCUUCACAUACUUCAGGAGUGGGCACCUGCUUGUAUGCAUCGCCUGAGCAGCUACAGGGAUCUCAUUAUGAUUUUAUGUCUGAUAUGUACAGUGUGGGCAUUAUUCUUCUGGAGCUUUUUCAGCCUUUUGGAACAGAGAUGGAAAGAACAGAGAAAUUAAAUGAAUUGAGAAGAGGCAAAGUGCCUGAUGCAUUUAAACAAAGGUGGCCAGUGCAUAGCAAAUAUGUGAAGCUAUUAACAAACAAGGUGCCUGCUGAAAGACCAAGUGCAGUCAGUAUCCUGGAAAGUGAACUUUUCCAUGGAGAAGGAAAGGUUAUCCAGGAUCUUCAGAAAAAGGUAGAAGAACAGAAAGAAGAAAUUCAAAAACUGAAUGAAAAAAUUAAGCUGCUUAUGAGUGGAAAAGAUUUGUAGUAAUUGAUGCUACAAAAAAUCUUGUGAUUUCUUCUGUGAAAUCUGUGCCAUUUUUGAAAAGUUUUUGGUAUUUAACUGGAAGUGUUUAAUGUUUACUGAAGAAAACUUGCUUCACAUAUUGCUCUUUGUAAAUUAUUUUACCAGUUUUGUAAAAUAAAUCACAAACUUCAUGUGA